GCUGUUCGCGGAGCCUCCCGCCUGCAAAGUCCCCGGCGCGAGGGCAGUCACCAACCGCCGCCACUGCCUAGUCUCCGUGGGUGCCCGCAUACCCUGCCUCUCCCGCCUGCCCCGAGGCGCCCCGAAGCUCGCUCGGCCGGCCGCCGGUUCUCCGCGGAGCUGCCCAUGGCUCAGCCCGAGAGCCGACUUUGGGCGCCGGACCUGCUCGACCGCGGCGCUGCUCAGUAAUUGGCAGCCUGCAACACCCAUGUGUCACUGAUCAGAAGGCAUUCCCCGCGCCAGUGCUUCAUGACCCAGCGGCGCUGGGCCCAGUGAAGCCACCAUGGUGACCAGCACGGCUGCACUGCUCCUGGGCGUGGUGCUGCUGGUGGCCCAGCUCCAGCUAGUGCCUUCCCGCCCCGCCAUGCCCGGGGCCGAGCCCGGCCAGCUGGAGCUUGCACGCAGAGGGGCCACCCUCCAGGGCGAGGGCCAGGAAGGUGCGGCCCCCAACGGCUCGGCCCAGCAGCUGCCUCAGACCAUCAUCAUCGGUGUGCGCAAGGGCGGCACGCGCGCAUUGUUGGAGAUGCUCAGCCUGCACCCCGACGUGGCAGCUGCCGAGAAUGAGGUCCACUUCUUCGACUGGGAGGAGCACUACAGCCAAGGCCUAGGCUGGUACCUGGGCCAGAUGCCCUUCUCGUCCCCGCACCAGCUCACAGUGGAGAAGACCCCCGCGUACUUCACGUCACCCAAAGUGCCUGAGCGCGUCCACAGCAUGAACCCGGGCAUCCGGCUGCUGCUUAUCCUGCGAGACCCGUCCGAGCGCGUGCUGUCGGACUACACCCAAGUGUUCUACAACCACGUGCAGAAGCGCAAGCCCUACCCGUCCAUCGAGGAGUUCCUGGUGCGUGACGGCCGGCUCAACGUGGGCUACAAGGCGCUCAACCGCAGCCUCUACCACGUGCACUUGCAGAACUGGCUGCGCUUCUUCCCGCUGCGCCGCAUUCACAUCGUCGAUGGUGACCGCCUCAUCAGGGACCCUUUCCCGGAGAUCCAGAAGGUUGAGCGGUUCCUGAAGCUGUCGCCGCAGAUCAACGCCUCGAACUUUUACUUUAACAAAACCAAGGGCUUCUACUGCCUGCGGGACGGGGGCCGGGACCGCUGCUUGCACGAGUCCAAAGGCCGGGCACACCCCCAAGUCGACCCCAGACUCCUCAAUAAACUGCACGAAUAUUUUCAUGAGCCAAAUAAGAAAUUCUUCGAGCUUGUGGGCAGGACAUUUGACUGGCACUGAUUUGCAAUAAGCUAGGCUCGGAACCUUUCCUAUUGUAAGUUCUGGUGUACAUCUGGGGGAAGAAAAAGAAAAUAAUUUUAAAAGGGCAUUUAAGCUAUAAUUUAUUUGUAAAAUCCAUAAAUUACUUCUGUACAGUAUUAGAUUCACAAUUGCCAUAUAUACUAGUUAUAUUUUUCUACUUGGUAAAUUGAGGGCAUUUUGUAUUGUUUUUCAUGGUUGUUAACAUUGUGUAAUAUGUCUCUAUAUGAAGGAACUAAAAUAUUUCACUUCAAAAAAAAAAAAAAAGUCCUGGAGACCCUGUCUUUUUUGAAUAUAAUUAACUUGCCCCCAACUCAGAAUAGCUGUCUGUGUUGUACUCAUUGCAGAAUCUAUAUUCCUUUGUUGCUUUAAAAAGAAAUGUUUUUCAUGGCUAUUAUGCUUCUCUCUCGCCCUCUCCUUUCGUCACUGUUCAUUUUAAUUUUUAAUGUCUCUCUGUGGUCAUCAGAUUUAUUUUUUACUUGCAUUGUGAGAUUUGUCUUCACUCAGAUCCCCUAUAAUUCUGGAGGUGGCAGGUUCACCUACUCCUGACUUCAGCUGGUCCCUGAGCGUGGAUUUUAACCCCCUGUUAUUAACCCUGAGUGGAAAAAGCAAUAUUAAGACUGGAGAAGUAGUGAAUACUAGCAAGAAGUUCCCUUGUCGCACGUCUUUGCCUCGAAGAGUGCUUGCAUACGUUUCUGAUCUCAGCAAUGGGCAAAACCUACAAUAAAGGGGAUGAAACCA